AUCAACUAACUAUUUAUUUUUACAAAUUUAACAAUCAAUUUUAUAUUUACAUUAAUUAUCUUAUUCUACUUUUCUAUUUUAAAGUACGACUAAGAAUAAAAUAAAAUAAUUAUGUUUUAAAAAACCUCUGUAAUAGACAUCGCAAGGUUAAUCCGACCGUCCAUGCGCUAUUCGUAUCAACUGUACUACGACCGGUCUGAGCUGACGUCACGGAAUAAUCUGGAACUGGCGCGAGCGCUGCCCCGCCGCGCCGCCCAGUCAUCAGUCCGCGCCAGCCGCCAAACGUUACGCACGUACGUACCGUCGCGCACACGGGCCAGCCCGUGUCGUCUCGCGCGCUGUACAAAUUAUAAUUUUAAUUAUUUUCUGGUGGGCGCGGACACCUGCAAAUUUAUUUAAUUUAAAUAUAUUCGGCGACGUAAUCGCGAAAUAACGAGUUCCCGCACCCACGUACUGGGUGCGCCGUUAUUUUUAAAAAAGAAGACCGUUCAGCCGACGUGUCACACCGUCACCAGCAUCCACACACACAACAUCCAGACGGCUGGGUUGGAGCCUGAGUCGUUCGCCCGCCGUCGCCCCUGCUCCUCUUCAGCGCUGGCCCCCACACCUGCUGCGGACCACCGUCAUAACCACCAGCCAGGGCAGUACCGCUCCGCGGUGGCAAAUUAUAGACCGGGCCUUGACCACCCACGACCCUAUUCCAAAUUUUAGUUUUUUUUAAAUAAAUUAUUUUUGUUAACGUUCUGGUAGAAUUUUUAUUUAUGCCCUACCAGUCCUAGACGUUACAUUGGCGCCUGAAACGUGGUCUUAAGGUCUAAAUUUGCCCCGCAGAAUUUGUGUGUUUGUUGUUUUUUUUGUGAAACGUUUUUUAUUUUUUGGUUGCAAGUAACUAAGGUGUACCUAAUUAAUAAUAAUAAUUGUAAUUAUUUAUUUAUUGUGGAAUUGUAAUUUUAAUAAUAAUUUUAUUUUGAAUGACAUUAUUUAUUGUAAUUUUAUCAUCACCCUGUACUAUUGUAGUGUAGACUAGUACAGUCGGUCGAAUAUUUUAUGAAUAUUUUUUUUUAUGGUGCAAUAUUUUAAAUUGUAUGUUUGUGGUACACAUUAGUUGCAAUAUUUUAAUGCUUCUUUUCUUUUUAUUUUUGUGACUGUCUAUUUUAUUUUUUUGAUUUUGCUUGAUUUUUUAUUUUUUAAUUUAGCCAACCAAAACGUUACUUAGUUAACAUUGUAACAGGCGGAGUAGUGUUAAUUAGGUACAAACGUUCAACACUUUCCACGGUUGCCAAUUUUUUUUUGUGCACGUUAUUAUUAUUAUUUUAUUUUAAAUUUCAUUGAAAAUGGAGUUUCCCGUGAAAUUCUUGUCUUUACAAAAGCCAGAAUUAGAGUAUGAGGUUAGCAUUCGUGGUGAGACACCCGGUUCUACAGUCCAGGACUUGCGGAAACAGAUUGCGAAGUUAGGGCCUUUGUUUCCUUCCGAGGAUAUUUUAGAAAGUAAUUUCACUGUCGCUGCCGAUUUAAGAGGUGUUAGUGAUGCCCUCGCGAAGGUUCAGUCGAACUUAGAUUCACGACCUGAUAGGAACGUUUUGCUUCGCACACAAAACCUUUUGCAUCACUUGCAUCAUCGUCUUAAUCGUAUUGUUUGCGAUGAAUCGACACAGCCCAUGUUUGAUGUUUGUGACCAGGAGUUUCGAACUCUGACAGCUAGGUUUAAUUCUAUGAAGGACACUGCUUCCGCGACCGUCUUGCCAGCUCCGAGCGCAGAGCAUGUAGUUAGCACGGCACCGAUAAAUGUUAACGUCACUUGCGACCGCGGUAGUCAUAACGAGCUUUGUAAGAUCAAGUUCGAUGGCAAGUCUUGCGUCCGUGCCUUCGUGGAACGUAUAACGGAAUUUUGUGAAGCUAGGUCGAUUUCGGAUUCGAAGCUUUUGUCGUAUGCGACAGAGAUUUUUACUGGUGAUGCACUUCAUUGGUACCGUAAUAUUAAGGGUCAAGUGUCCACCUGGGUUGAGCUCUCCACAUUGCUCAAGCAAGAUUUUGGUCAGAAGGACUAUGAUUAUAGGCUCGGUAAUGAGAUUCGGUCACGUACGCAGGGUGAAUCCGAGAACAUUACCGUAUACUUAUCAAUCAUGGCUGGUUUAUUCUCGCGUCUCUCUAAGCCAUUGCCGGAGGACGAAAAGUUGGAGAUCCUUCUCCAUAACAUCAGGCCUUGCUAUGCCAGUACCUUGGCGUCAGCGUCUGCGAUUACUGACAUAAAUACAUUGCGUAAUCAUUGUCGUAAUUACGAAAGUAUUCAGGCACGUCUUGCUGACUUUCGUGAACCACCCAGGCGUACAGCUGACACUUUGGCACCUGAGUUUGCUUAUAGUGGUACUAAUAAAAAUAAUAGCUUCAAUAAUAACAAGAAUUUCACAUACAGGAAUAACAAUAAUAAACAAUAUAAUAAUAACGCUAAUGCUAAUACUAACAAUAAUAAUAGGUCUUAUACUAAUAAUUUUAACAAAUAUAACAACAACAACAACGGCAACGAGAAACAGGUACAUGCACUUACUUCUACACCCUCGGCCAAACCCUUAUUUUGUCCUAGAUGUCGUAAUAAUAGCCACAACUUGCGUCAAUGCCCAGCUAAUAAGGAUGACAUUUAUUGUUUUAAGUGUGGUCAUAAAGGUGUCAAGUCUCCUGAUUGCCCUACUUGCAAGAAGGCGAAGCCUUCCUCUUCAAAAAACUAAAAGGACAGAAUUGCGCCAACCAUCACAUUGAUCAUUUUGAUCCUGUAGAUUGGAGCGAUUGGUUGAAAACUAUUAAAAUUUAUUUCAAUUCGUAUAAGAUCGACGCAAUUCUGAAUGAUGAUUCUAGUAUUGAUAAUCGUCCUUAUGCAACGGUACACGUUAAUGGUAUUGAGAUGAAGGGUUUGCUAGAUUCUGGUGCUGCCGUAACUGUUUUAAAGAGUGAUGCUCAUACAGCAUUACAAGGUUUACCUUUAUUUAAAGAUAAAUUUAUCACAGCCGUUGGGGCUGGCGGUCGUAUAAUGCAGAGCCGGGGUUAUUUUAACUUGCCUGUACAUUUUCGUGAUAAGUUUCACUUUAUUACUGCUCAUAUUGUCCCAGAAGUUAAUACUGAUUUUAUAUUAGGCGUAAAUUUUUGGCUUAAAUUUAACAUUCUUCCAAAUUUAAGUAGUAUUACUUUUCCUAAUGCUACAGUCGAUAUUGAAGAACC